UAUGAAUAUUCGUGCCCUAUACCGCCUCUUUACAUCUGAAGGUAUACCAGAACCUUUAUCUUCAGCUAAAUAUAUUCUGUCUUUUGCUGCUCAAAAUAGACACAAAAUUAAAAGAGGUGAAGCCGAAAAGCCGGGAUAUGACAAUGACACGGACGUAACCGAUGAUAAAGUAAAAAGAGUUUACAAGAUGAUCUGGAAGAGAUUGGAGCGUCAGCCGAUGCAAUAUAUAUUGGGCGAAUGGCAAUGGGGUAACAUAGAAUUGUUUGUAAAAAAACCGGUAUUCAUUCCUAGGCCAGAAACAGAAGAUUUAGUUAAUUUAUCUAUCGACAAAAUUAGAAACAGUUUUCCUGCCAAAGAAGUAACAGGUCUGGAUUUAUGCUGCGGAUCAGGCGCCAUUGGUAUAUCCUUGUUGAAAAAUAUCAGCAAUCUUCAACAAAUAACAUCUAUUGACAUGUCAAAUCAAGCAUGCGAAUUAACGACUUUAAAUUCAGAGAAAAAUAAUGUUAGUUCAAAGAUGACCGUUCUACAAGCUCGAAUUGACGAAUUACCUGGAAUUCUCAAACGCAAAUAUGACUUUAUCGUCACCAACCCACCAUACGUACCCGAUAUUGAUAUGGAAUACAUAGAAGACGAAGUCGCAAUUUACGAAGACCCAAUAGCAUUACGUGGCGGUCAUGAUGGUCUAAAUGUAAUUCGUAAGAUAAUAGAAGUUGCACCAAAAUUUUUAAAAGAAAGCGGAUUGAUUUUUAUGGAAAUGGAUAGCAGUCACUAUAAAUAUAUCCCUAAUUUAUUAAAGGAUCUAAAUUCUCCCCUAACACAUAUUAGUAAUGAAAAGGACAGAUUUGGCUUAUAUCGUUUCUCUAUAUUUACAUUAAAAGACUGA